GUUUUCGGUUCGAUCCAUUGUUUCUUGUCCUGGUCUCUCUUUGAACACUUCAGUGAUUGCCUGGUGUAGCCUGGUGUAACUGGAAAAUUGCGACCAUAGUGCAGAGGUUUUGUGCCCGAAGCGCUUACGCCUCCGUCAUCAGCCAUGGCGAUGUCUUCUACGACAAAGAAAGCGUUGCUUGAUGUGGCGAUCUUUUUGGCCUCUCAAGCAGCCAUGUGGUACACCGUCCAUUGGAUGCUGGACUCGUUCAGCCCGAACCGGGAAAAAGAGGUAAAAGCCAAGCCCCUCGAAGCAUUGAAGAAACUAGGACACGAAAAGCUGGAGCUCGACGAGUAUGAAAAAACCAUCGCAUCUGAAGUCAUUCAUCCCGACGACAUCACUGUCCGGUUCGCGGAUAUCGGUGGUCUCGACGACAUCAUAUCCUCGUUACAGGAAUCAAUCAUCUUCCCUCUGCUCUACCCUUCCCUCUUCAAUGCAUCCUCGACUCUUCGUACCGCGCCAAAGGGUGUAUUGCUCUACGGUCCGCCCGGGUGCGGGAAGACAAUGCUUGCGAAGGCGCUCGCAAAAGAGUCUGGCGCGACAUUUAUCAAUAUUGCCGUGUCGGUUCUCACUAACAAGUGGUAUGGCGAGUCGAACAAGCUUGUCGCCGGCCUGUUCAGCCUCGCGCGCAAGGUACAGCCAUGCAUCAUCUUCAUCGACGAAAUCGACUCGUUCCUGCGUGAGCGCACUAAGGGCGAUCACGAGGUCACUGCUAUGAUGAAGGCAGAGUUUAUGACGUUGUGGGAUGGGCUGCUAUCUGCGUCGGACCGGAUAUUGGUUCUCGGCGCCACUAAUCGCAUCCGUGAUAUUGACUCUGCGAUACUGCGCAGGAUGCCGAAGCGGUUCCCUCUUCUUCUCCCGGACGUCAAUCAACGACAGAAGAUUCUAACUCUGAUGUUGAAGGACGUCUCUCUCGCCCCUGACUUCCCAAUUCGCAUGCUGGCGGAGUCUGCGGAGGGUUUGUCCGGUUCGGACCUCAGGGAGCUCUGCCGCAACGCGGCUAUGGUUCCCGUGCGCGAAUACGUUCGCCAGGCCGGCGGAAACGCCGCACUCCUUGCUCAGGGUCAAGCUGAAGGAUUCGACCUGCGGCCGUUGACGCUCACCGAUUUCUUGCAGACAGAUGGCAUCAGCAUGCCGUUGAUGCCUGAUCGCUCGCGUAUCGAUGUCCUCUUAGAUGACGAUGGCGACUCCCUCGAGCGCACCGAAGAAACUUCUUGACAUACGACGCAGUGAGUCUUACGCGCCGCAUCAGCUGUGCUUUUGUGAUAGACCUAUGUAUGUUCGCACGUAUCUUCGGCACAGAAUAAUGCCUAUCCUAGAAUUUUAAUCCAAGCUU